CUUGCAAACCCAAACUGUGAAAGAUAAUUGUGGGAGACUGAUACACUUGAAAAAGAAUCUACUGAGAAAAGGUUGUUUAAAAACUUUUCAAACUAUUGGAUAAACUCCGCAGAGCUUUAAAAUGGCCCAGAUCACCAAGGGACACCUGCCGAUGGGAGCCGCCCCUGCGUUGGGUAAUUACCCUGCAGGUGGUGUAAACUACAUCGUUGAACGUCCUGCAGCAGACGGCCUCCCUGAAGUCAUCAGGAUUCUCGACAACAACGAAGGUCAAAGUGAUCCAAUCUACAUCUCUUCUGAUGAGGAAGAGGUAGGUGAGAUUGAGGUUGUUAUUGGGGGGGGAGGGGAGGGCAAUCACGCACUCUCCUCUGAGGAUGAGAACGAGUUUGGGGAAGACGAGGAGGAAGAGGAUGAAGACAGUGAUGAGGAUGAUGAGGAUGAUGAGGAUGAUGAUGAGGAUGAUGAUGAUGAUGAUGAUGAUGAGGAGGAGGACUUCUCUGAGAGCGAAGAUUCUGGGUAUGACUCCAUGUCUGAGGAUGAUGAUGAUGAUGACAUCCAGGUGUUCCCACCAGAAGACUUUUUGCGGGUAUGGCGACAAGUGAUUCGUCCUGUUCCUGCUGCCGCUCCUGUCGCCGGUCCUGUUGGCGAUCCCGAUCCUGUUGCUGUUCCUCAGCUGCUGAUUGGCAGUCAACCACGGGUACCUGCUCACCAUCAGGAGCGUCCUGGGCCGCAAGUGGAACAACCUGAAGACGGUCUACCGGCAGUUUCUCAAAGGACAGAGGAGACAGUCUCUUCAACUUCAGGCCUCAGCUCCUCCACAAAAAGGAGCAGGGAGGAGGGCUGCACAGAGCAGGUAAGUGCGAAGAGGCAGAGGUGGAACUGUGAAGAAAACUACAAGGACUCGGCACCCUCAACUUCAGGCCUCAGCUCUUCCACAAAAAGGAGCAGGGAGGAGGGCUGCACAGAGCAGGUAAGUGCGAAGAGGCAGAGGUGGAACUGUGAAGAAAACUACAAGGACUCGGCACCCUCAACUUCAGGCCUCAGCUCCUCCACAAACAGAAGACACUGGCCAGGUCCAUAUGAGUACCAAAGAUGGCCUGAUGACAGCGACUCUGAUUAGGACCACUAACCCCAAGAAUCUGGUGGGGUUGGCAAAGGCCCAGGUCACCUUCCAACACAUCUGACUGGGUUGGCGAAGACUUAGGUAACCUCCCACGCGUCUGGCGGGGAUGGCGAAGAUUUAGGUAACCUUCCCACGCGUCUGGCGGGGAUGGCGAAGAUUUAGGUAACCUUCCCACGCGUCUGGCGGGGUUGGCGAAGAUUUAGGUAACCUUCCCACGCGUCUGGCGGGGUUGGCGAAGAUUUAGGUAACCUUCCCACGCGUCUGGCGGGGUUGGCGAAGAUUUAGGUAACCUUCCCACGCGUCUGGCGGGGUUGGCGAAGAUUCAGGUAGCACCUUGCACCAGAUGUGUUUCGUGCCUGUCUUUUUUAUAUUGAUUUUUCUUUUGAAUAAUAGAUCCCUUUAAUAGUAUGUAUAGGACAGGCCUAAAUGAACUGCUUUUAGAUAGUGCUUCAAUCCAAAGCACUGUCCAAUGUGUCUCCCUCUCACCUAUUCACACACACACUCUAACUAACCAAUAGCAGCAAGCUACCAUGCUUGUAUUUUUUUUCAGCUAAGCUGUAGAUGCGUGUGCCAGAAGUAAGUUAACAAUUAAUGACAACAUUAUUUAAUAGUUUAAUAGCAAUUGCUCACUCUCUUAUGCUGUUAUGUGUUUUUCUUUAUGAGAUGUAGAUGUCUGUACCAGACAAAGGUAAGGUAAUACUCAGCUGUAACUCAAAGACUCAUCUUGUUUUAAUUAGUUAGGGGUAGGUGGCAGACAACAGACAGAGGUAAGGUAAUAAUUACUUACAUUAAACAAAAGUCUCCAGCGAAUCUUAUCAUCACCUUUUUUUUAAGUCUCUCUGUUUUAUUUUUAUGU